UUUAUUAAUGAAAGCACCCUAAUAUUAUAAAAUUUCUCUUUAAAAAGAUUGCUGUUGAUCCAUAUGGACCAUUAUUCAUUAUUUCCCUCGUAUUUAAAUUACUUUUUGUGUAAGACAGGGCGAGAGCAGCAGGCAGUCAAACUCAGCAUUCAAGUCCACGUUCCCCAUAAAAUAGAAAACAAAGAAGAAAGAAAUUUCCCAUCCCCCAGCUUUAAAUCAGAAUUUAUCUUUUACAGCUUUAAAUUUCUGAAAAUCCUCGAUCCCGUUAUUGCUUUCUGACGCCGCACGAAGGAAGCUUCUGCCGUUUCCAAAAUCCUCCGCUCAGGUAACCCAAUUGCCUUUUUCCCCUUCAAGCUUUGGCUUAGCCGUUCUCCGAUUCAGUUCCGCUUUCCUUCCUUCGGCAUUGAAACUGAUUUCUGGGUUGCCGUAGAUGAGCUGGCUGCGCCGGCAGUGAGGUGCACAAGGGGAUAUAAUGGCGGUGUAUAAGCAGAAUGUGGAAUUGCCGCCGGAGAGGAGGAGCACUUUCUCCGCCGGGUUUAAUUCCCCAGGCCGGACCGAGCAGCAGCAAGGGUUCCGACGAAGAGGGAGGAGGAUCGGCCGGUUUCUUAGACCUAUUUAUUGGGUCUGGAUUGUGCUGCUCGCUGCGCUCUGCUUGGUGUUCACCGGUCUCUUCUGCCUCAGAUUCCUCUUUCCUGUACCAGGUAAUUUCGAUAUGCAAGAUGCACGCAAGGUAACGAUGGAUAUGGAGAUUUCCUUCGUCCAUGAAGAAAUUGGUGGGAACUCUUCAUUCCCUUCUUCGAAUUCUUCCAACGAAAUCGAGCGUCGAAACUUCUCCCAAGCCGGUUUUGUUGGGAAACCUCCGGGGGGAAAGCACCGGAAGCUACAUCUUCCUUGUCCAGUUAAAUUUGCAGAGUCGGUGGAUUAUUUCAUGGAACCAAAUUUAGUGAGGAAUUUUACGCAAUUUUCAUUAGCAUAUGUGAAUAGUGAGGAGAAACCUCCGGAGAUGAAUUCCAGUAGGUCUGGAUUUGGAGGACAUCAGACCAUGGAGCAAAGGGCGAAUUCCUUUUAUGCUAGAAAUCAAACCCUUCAUUGUGGAUUUGUCAAAGGACCUCCUGGAUCUCCGAGCACCGGGUUUGAUUUGGAUGAGAAGGACAAAGAGUACAUGAGCAAAUGUAUAGUUGCUGUAUCCUCCUGCAUUUUUGGCAGCUCUGAUUUCCUGAGAAGGCCUUAUUACAAAAAUAUGAGUGGGUUUGCGAAGGAAAAUGUUUGUUUUGUCAUGUUUGUGGAUGACCAAACACUUGAGAAACUGUCUUCUGAGGGACAUAAACCCGAUGAUCGAGGAUACGUUGGUCUGUGGAAAGUAGUAGUUGUGAAAAACUUGCCAUAUUCAGACAUGAGAAGAACUGGGAAGGUGCCAAAAUUCUUGUCGCAUCGCCUCUUCCCUUCUUCUCGCUACUCAAUUUGGGUUGAUAGUAAGUUGCGACUUAUUGUUGAUCCAAUGCGUAUCAUUGAGCACUUCUUGUGGAGAAACAAAUCAGAGUUCGCCAUUUCAAAACACUAUGAUCGUCAGUGUGUCUGGGAAGAGGUACUCCAGAACAAGCGCCUAAACAAAUACAACCAUCGGGAAAUAGAUAGGCAGUUCUACUUUUACCGAUCCGAUGGCCUCACCAUGUUUGACCCCUCAGAACCAAAUACUCCUCUCCCAAGUUAUGUGCCUGAAGGUUCAUUUAUUAUCAGGGCUCACACACCAAUGUCAAAUUUGUUUUCAUGCCUGUGGUACAAUGAGGUUGAAAGAUUCACUUCACGUGAUCAACUCAGCUUUGCAUACACUUACUUGAAACUCAGGAGAUCCAAUCCGGAUAAGCCAUUUUAUCUCAACAUGUUUAAGGAUUGUGAAAGGAGAACCCUAGCAAAGUUAUUCAAGCAUAGGGUGCUGCGACCGCCACCUACAACUGGCCCUUGAUGCACAUUAGUUCAUCCUGCUGCUUGGUAAGAUCAAACUUAUUCUCAUAUCUCAGCAUCAACUCAGUUUUUUCUAAACCCUUGCCGAACACACUUUCCUCUACUUUUAACUAAAUUUCAGAAAGUCAACUUUAUUUUAGGAAGGCCUAAAAGAAAUACGCCCAUAUGUUUGCUCAAUAUUGGUUUUCCAAUUCAAAGCAUUUUUUCUGAUGGAGAGCGUUGGUGAAAUUUAAGCAUUGAUUUCUUAGGAAGCUAUCUGCAGAACAUUAAUGAAUAUUGACAUCACAAUGUGAAAAGUUCAUUUGAGUACCAAAGUGAAUCGGGGACCAUUUGUUACUCGAGGCCCCUUACUGGUUAUGGAUUUCAUACAAGUAACAGAUGUCAAAUUGUUUUCUCCAAUUCAGGGUAACAGCAAUGGCAUCAAAUUUACAAGCCUUGGAAACGGAGUUAGGAAGCUAGGGUUAGAAUCAUUUUGCAGCCAGGAUAGCUUCCCAGAGGGUAUAUAUAGAGAGCAAUAAUGCUUAGUUAUCUCCACUUCAACAUCUGGUGUCUCGUAGCAUUUUGCCUAUUCUUCUGUCGUGUUUCAACAAAUCAGCGGGAUGUGAUGAUCCUUGCAAGCUGGAGAUCGCAAACUUGCCAUCAGAUUAUCCCUUGAAGCACUCCAUUUUCAGAAUGGAGGAAUACUUGCCAAAUUUUGUUGAGAAGAGCUUUGAGGAAUGCUGCAAAAGGGGGCUGGUUGGUUAUACAUCUCCUCUGCCAGCCUCCAUUAUACCAGGUAAACUCUGGCCAAGUUAUCCUCAAGAGAGGGAGAGGACGAUAGAAGGAUGGCACUGUAGUUGAAAGAAGGAAUGGAUUACAUUAUUCCAUCAUCCCAAAGAAUAUUGUAGGGUGUGGAAUCUGGAUUGUUGUAAGAGAUGUGUGAAAAAUGACAAAAUGCGGUUUCGCUCCUGUACAAAUACAAUCUAGCCCAUAUGGGAAAUAACACCAAAAAAAGAUUCUUUCUCCUGAGUCCUGACUGACUGAUUUGUAGGACAUGAAAAUCUCUCUUUCUGCUCUUCUCUGUGGCGUGAAAAAUGCAGUGGUCCUGAAUGUGUAACUAACUGACUGAGGACACUACUGAAACAAAGAAUCCAUGACUGA